GCACGAGCUAAGGAGCUCAACGUGCAGGCAGAUGUGAUGCAGGGUUUGGAAGGCAAUGGGUUCGGCGCCCUCAGCACGCUUGCCUUCUGUUGCCAGAGCUCGCCUGGUCAGAACAUCACCGAUGAUCAGUUGCAGGAUUUUCUCAAUAACCUUGGUUUGACCCGGGUGCCCUUGGCCCAGCUUGCCAUUUUGAAGCGGCUCAUUUUUGAGGCCCACACUUUGAUCAUUCACAGCUUGAAGGACAAGGUUGAGGCAACAGACCAGGCACCAGUGCGAAAGCUCAAUGCUGCUGAGCAAGACGAUCGUAUUACCAAGCAAGCGGCCCGUUUGGCUGGUGUUCGCAUGAAGGGUGAAUUGGAAGUGGCACACUGCGUGAUCGACGCUGUCAAUCAUCAGCUUGAGCAGCGCCAGCUCAAGUAUCUUGCUCCUCACAAACGCAUUAAACGGGAGACUGAGCUGACCGGCUCGAAACCGCAGCAGCGGAUCUUCUUGGACAACGGUUCAUUGGCAGUCAAGGACCAGGAACU